GGCGCGCUUUUCGGACUCAUUUGUAUAGGCUGGAGUGCAGAGUGACGCUUCAAUGGCGCUAAUAUUACUAAUAACUCCGUAUUUGAACGUUGCGCUGGUCUAAUACGCCUCGGCGCAGUUAUGGACACUGAGGUGGACGUUAUUGAGUUCAGGGUUCCCACCGAAAAUAGUAAAACGCUCUUUAUUUGGGACAUUUCCGCGGCGUUUUCAGCAGCGCACGUUUACGAGUCGCUCUGGAGCUUCUUUUCGCGCUUUGGCGCCAUCUACUGGCUGAAGGUGAGUCCGCACGCAGCCGUCGCCCGACCCGCUUUCUCCGCCGUCGUCAAGUUCUACUCCGCGGCCCAGGCGUCCAGAGCGCAGAGAGGUGCGAGCGAAGAGCCCCUGUUUCACAAAUCCCCCCUGAAGGUUCGCCUGUGCACCAAGCAAUACCCAGCUGACUUCCACAAUAUCAGACCGCUCAGCGUCACCAAGUGCCAGCAGCUCGCCAAUUACUACCUCGGCUUUAACGGCUGGUCAAGCAGAGUUGUCACGUUGAAGAGUAUUUGUGACAAUGAUGACUGUGGAGAACCGCAAACAUGCACGGUCCUGAAAUAUGGCUGCAUUGUGGAGCUCAAUUUCCCCCUGCAUGCAGUGAGAUGCCGAGGAGUUGGGGUAACUGAGGAAACGUUUGAACAGAACCCAGGCCCGGAGGAGCUCUGCGUGAAGCGAGGAGAGCUCCAGAAAAGGGCGCGAGACAGAGCCAUGGUGGAUGCCUUCAGGAAAGUUCUUCUGGUUGUUUUGGGUAAUGGGAAGGUUGCAGUUGAAUGCAGGUUGGAUCCAGAAGAAAUGAUCCCUGAUGAAGAGCUAGAAGGGUUGGUCAAGGUAAAUGACAUCUCUUGGAGUCGGUUUGAGUGUGAGGAGGAAGAUGACAACUUUGCCGAUUUAAAUCUAGAUUUCUCACAUUUUUCCUGAGUACAGUCAAGCUGCUCACGUGCAAUGAUGUGUCAAAGUGACAUGUUUGUGUUAUUUAUUCUCAUAGCUGUUUUCACGAUCAUAUAUGUAUAUCUACAAAUUCAUAUUGUUUAGUGUACACUGUGGGAUAAAGUGUUCUUUUCGUUGAGAAGCUGCAGCUGGGGUUCAUCCUGGGUGACAGGCUGUGAUGCUUUUGUUUUAAGGCUUCAAAUUGAGCAACCUGAAAUUACCCUACAGGCAUUAAAUUGGCAAGUAGUGUGUGUUGCGAAACUGU